AUCUCAACUCAAAGUCUUCUUCAUUUCUCUCUCUCUCUCUCUUCCAUUGUACUUUCUCUCUCUAGGAUUUCUGGCCCCCCGCCCCCCUCUGAAGAAAUUAUACUAUUUGAAGAUGGAGAGAGAUUUCAUGGGAUUGGCUGUGAAGCAGGAAACAUCUGAUGAAACCAUUGAUGCUGUUCCGGUUAAAAGUUUAGCAAUGCAGUGGUCGUUUUCGAACAAGGGUUCGUCUGCCGUACCUCAGCUCUUAUCGUUUCAAGGUGGUCAAGAAGAUAAUAGUAAUAAGCUCAAAACCGGGUUCGAUUCUCUUACGUCAACUGGAUUAGUAACCGUAACUACUAGAGAAUCUUUCGAGUCCGAACACAAAUCCUACACAACGACACAGAAAAACGUUGUUCAUCAGAAGCAAGGUGGAAUUGGUUACACGAUGACGACCAAUCAAAAAAGUCCGACACAUUCGUAUGUUUCUACUUCUGGACAUAAUAAUUUGAUUGGUUCUGUAAGAGCUCCGAUGAAAAAUCCCGUUGCAGCUAUACCUUCAACCAGCCCUGUUGUCGGAACCACUGAUUUGAGAAAUAGUUCCAAAAUAUCGGGUGCUCCUACCCAGUUGACCAUAUUUUUCAACGGCUCCGUUUGUGUGUUCGAUAACAUUUCUCCCGAAAAGGCUCAAGCUAUUAUGUUAUUGGCUGGAAACGGUACUCCUACAACUCCUACUGCAAUACCUUCGCCAACUCCACUUCAAACAAAAGUGACGAGAUCUUCGAUUCUUGACGGGCAUGUCUUAAAUCAGACAUACGGAAAAACACCACAACAUUGCAGCCCUGUUCCUUUAACCUCUAUCACUGUUUCUCACUCUGCUGCUGCAAAGCCUUUGCCAGCUGGCGUUCCCGUUUUUUCUUCGAACAUUGUUGGUCCUUCGAAAGCAGCUAAUUCACUAGGACCCGUUUCCGGAACCUUCCUUUCACAAGACACUGUGCCUCAGUUUCGCAGAAAAUCUCUCGCUCGGUUUUUGGAGAAGCGCAAAGAAAGGGUAAUAAGUGCAUCAUCCCCAUAUGGAGACAAGAAAAGUCUCGAUAACGAAGGAGGAGCCGGAGGUGCCGCCGGCAGACGAAACUUGUCAGCGAACUCCUCCGGCUCUUGUCCGGUGACGGCAAUCAAUUAACGUUGAAGUUGCAGAAUUAAAUUUAAUUGAGACAGGAUAAUUUUCCAUGUUUUAAUUGUCUAGUAGCAGUGAUUUGUAGUCCAAGAAUGUAGUAGAUUUUGUAAUAUGGAUUACUCUGUAUAAAUAUUAAUUAAUUUAUUUUUACAUUGAUUUAAUAGUAUCACCAUUUUCUUCCUUU